AUGAACGGGACGGGGAGGUGCGAGCACGGCGGGACUCUACCGAGGGAGGCCGGCCCCUUGGUCAGCGCCCUCAUGUUCUCCGCUGGCCUUUUGGGCAACCUCUUGGCCCUUGGGCUACUGCUUCGUUGCCGUCGAGGACCCCGAGCCCACCCGCCAUCCCUUUUCCACGUCUUGGUGCUGGCCCUGGUGGUCACCGAUCUUCUGGGCACCUGCUCCGUCAGCCCUUUCGUCCUGGCUUCCUACCAUCGCAACCUCACCUUGACCGCCCUGGCUCAAGGAGGACACAUCUGCCUCUACUUCGGCUUCGCCAUGAGCUUCUUUGGCCUCGCCACCAUGCUCAUCCUCUUCGCCAUGGCGCUGGAACGAUGCCUGGCCCUGGGGCAGCCCUACUUUUACGAGCGCUUUCUUAGCCCCCGGACGGGUUUGGUUGCCCUGCCGGCCAUCUACACCUUCUCCGCCGCCUUCUGCUCCUUGCCUCUGGUGGGCUUCGGGAGGUACGUCCAGUAUUGCCCUGGCACUUGGUGCUUCAUCCAGAUGAAGAACCUGGAGUACCAGCAGCAGAACGGCGGAAGGGAGGUGUCCGGCUUGCAUGUCACCUUCUCGCUGCUCUACGCCACCCUCCUCCUCUUCCUCAUCCUCUCUGUGCUGCUCUGCAACCUCAGCGUCAUCGCCAACCUGGCCCGCAUGCACCGCCGUGGCCAGAAGACCCGACGGCUGGCCACUCUGGAGCAGCCCCGGGCAACCGGCGGUUGCGGCCGGCGCAUGUUCUCCAUGGCUGAGGAGAUUGACCAUCUCCUUCUCCUCUCCAUCAUGACCAUCACCUUCGUCAUCUGCUCCCUGCCAUUCACGAUCCGUGCCUACGUGAACAAGUACAGUGACAAAGAGGACACCGACAACUGGGACCUCCUGGCCCUGAGGUUUCUCUCCAUUAAUUCCAUCGUCGACCCUUGGGUCUUCGCCAUCCUGCGGCCCCCGGUCCUGCGGUUCAUGCGCUCCGUGCUGUGCUGCCAGGUCACCCCCGCCAGCCAGGACAGACAGACUCCAUCCCCAGCAAAGACAAAACUGGACCCCUGUGGGCAGUAGAUCCCUUGGCUGUCCCAGGAGACAUCUGCCAGGUGAAGCACAGCCCUGGCAGAUGUUGAGCGAGCUCUGCCUCGUGGCCCAGCAAGAGGUGUAUCUGCUGCAGGGUUGGCCAGAUAUGGGUGGCCUGGCCAGGUGUCACAGCGUGUGUGGGAAGCCCCUGGAAAGCCAGUGUGGUCCUCUCACAGGGUUAAAAAAUACGAUGGGACAAAAUUGGAAGGGCUGAUGAGUACCUGGAUGUCGCUGUCACCCUCAGAUGGAGAUGCUCCCACCUGGUGAACGGUACAGGCUGUGUCUGGCCACACUACAGGAGGGUCGAGGGGUGAAAUGUGGGGGGCUUUGCUAUAACACUACUGUCGGGGGGGGAUUUUGUGUUGGGGAGCAGAGCUCCCAGCAAGAUCCCCUUUUGGGCUGAAGGUGGGGGUACAUGUCCUGGAGAUGGGGCUGGGUGGCCCCCCAUUGCUGCAAGCACCCUUCCCUGUCCCCAGGUCCCUAAGGAUCGAGUAGGAGAAGAAGGGAGCAGAGUACCCCCAAAUAUUCCCCUUUAUUUAGUAGGCUGGCUGCCUAAAGAAACGCACUUUAUCAGGUGUAGGUCUGUGUGCAUGUGUCUGUCUGUCUGUCUGUCUGUCCCCUGCCCCCAGGGAUUGUAGGCUGUGCCAGCCCAGCUUGUCUGAGGGGCACCAGGGCAGAAAAAAAAAACCAAAUUGUGGCACUUCCAUUGUGCUGAAAUGGCAGUAGAGCUGUGUCACCCUUCCUGAGCACCCAGGUUGAAAUUUUCAUUGCCCACUGGUUUGUGGAGGAGCCAACAAGGGGAAUAAAGAGCUUGACCAAGGAAGGAGAGUUUUUGGUCACAGCCAUGGGCUUUACCCACAUCCAGGGCAGUGCUACUGAUGGGUUUUUGGGGUGGCACAGAGGAGGGCUUGUCCCCCUGGGCUGCCUGACCAAGAGCCUUUGCUCAUCCUCCCACCAACCUGGGAUGAACACGCUCAGGAGGGGGUUUUAUUUAAUAAAAAAAACAUCCCAAACCCAACAAAACCUAAAACAUGCAUCGGGCAACAUCCUUCAGCACCACUACUUUAUUUCAUGGGAUGAGUGUUGCUCUUUGGGGUUCCAGGCUGGUCCCCACCAGGGUAAGGAGCAUCCGACCCCCCCAGAUGAGCUGGGUUUGUCCCGAGGCCAUUGGGGCCACUUGGGGGUUGCUGGGGGGUGUGUGUGUGUGUGAUCGUGGCUACUGGUUGUGCAGCAUCCACCAAACACAGGGUCCUUGUGGGUCGUCUCGUUGUCCGUUUGAGAGCUGCAGCUCUGCUCAGAAAGCCCAAAGGUGCCAAGGUUUGGAGCUUUCCUGUGGUUCGUUAGUUGA